GACAUCGAAAAUAAAAUAAAUCGUAUAUUAAUUUUAUUUUCGCAAUCCAUGCCCUUUACUUUCAACAAACUUCACUUUCAAGCCCGCGAAGACGAAUUCGAAGAGUAACAACCAUAUCAGAAUCUGAGAAAGCUUAAUCAUCCAUACAAUCAGAAAAGCUUUUCCAAAAAUGGCGUUAAUCUGUUCAUUUGAAAGAACCUAUUUCCAGAACUAAUUGCAAUGUUUAUAACCGACUUUAUUAAGCGCAAGUUAGAAUCAGUGUUGCAACCAUGGCUGCUGCAAGAACCGGAGUUGGAACUCAAGUUAGGGUUUCUUCGUUGUUAUGGAAUCGCCAAGAGCCUCCGCUUCAAUACUUCAGCACUGAACGAGCUUCUAGACGAUUCUACUGGCUUUUACUUCACCGACUUCAGAAUUGAUCAAUUGACCCUCCGGAUUACCAACUGGUCAGCUCCUGCAUUCAAUUGGGAAGUUCAAGGUUUCCAUAUCACUAUAUCGCCGAGGAUAGUGGAGGGGAGGGGAAGCAGCCGGGAACCAUCGGAGGUGUUGUUGGAGGACAGGAAGAAGGCUCUACGUGAAAUUGACCCUGAGGGUAGUGAAUUGUUUGAUAUCAUUGAAAAGCUUGCGAAUAUUUCCCCAUCAAGGAGCCAGAAAACUUCCCUCCCAAAGCUUAUCCUGAAUUAUUGUUCCUUACAGAUGACUGAUAUCUAUCUACAACUGCAACAUGCCAUCUCAGAUGACUCCAUUGCAUGCUUGUUGGAGAUAGAGGAGCUCAAUGCAGGCUCUCGACUUGUCAAACCUCAAUCUUUCCUCAGAGGGUACGUCAAUUCACUUAUUGUAAAUCCUAAAGAGAGCUAUUUCGAUCUUGAAAUCAGAGGUUUAAAGAUAAGGUUGAAGAGCCAUGAUCAUUUUAGCCCAGUGUUUUCUGCAACCGACAUCAUCUGUUCCUCAAAGUUGAGUGAUCUUCAGUUGAUUGAGCUCAAUUGUUCAAUUGAGGAAUUACUGUUUUCAUUUUCUCCAGCAGAUAUCUCCGUUUUAGCAAUUAUUGUGAGGGAAUCAUCAAGAAAAUCCCCAUCAAUAAGAAACGGAAGACAACUCUGGAAAGAAACUGCAACCAGAAUUCGGUCAUUGAUCUCAACACGUAGAUAUUCAAUGCAGAAAUUAGUUGGUGUAGUUAUCCUAUGGUUGCGUUACGUACAUGCCUGGGAGAAUUUGUUUUCACUGAUCGGAUAUUAUCCUAUGGACAUAAUGAUAAAAAGAUCAGCUGUAAAGAUGUCCAAAAACCAGAUGUUUUCAAAAACUUUUAGGCAUCAAUGGGAAGUAAUUUCUGAAAUUGAGAAAGAAAUACCUGCUCCAGCUAUUGCACUUGCACGUCGAGUCAUCAGAUGCAGAAAAGUCAACCAUGGUGUUUCAAGCAAUGAGGAGGUUCAAAUCAAUAGGUACUUGGAGUAUUUUCAAAAGAUAGUCCAAUUACUUUGUCUUAUAUGGACUACUUUGUGUAGCAUGUUUAACACAAAAAAAGUGGGAGUUCUUCCAAUAGAUUCCUUCCCAAAUCUUUGUUACAGACUAAACUUGGGAAAAAUUUCCAUCACCAUUUCCCCUGAUAACAACACUAAACAUAAAAAAGCUGUUACAGACAGGAGGGUUUCACCUUCACACCUGGAUCUACUUUCUUUCUGUUUAAUAUUUGAUUCAUUUAUCCUUCUUUACAACGAAAAUAUCUGUGAGAGUCAUUUGACUUUCUCCUGUGGGGGUGUCAAGGUUAUAAAUGACUAUGAAUAUUCUUCUAAAGGACACAAGAAGCCUAAAGUUCUAGACUCAGAAGCUAUCUUAUGGAGUAAGCCUGCUCUUGUUUUUAACCAAGAUAGAAUUUCUGCCUCCCUCCCACUUCUGGAAACCAUUUUAAAUCAAACAUGGUUGGAUUGGAAGACAUCUUGUGCAGAAUUUGGUGAAAUUACGAAUGAGACCUUGAAAGAUCCCUUCAUUCUCUUUGAGAUGAAGCAUUUUUUGACAGAUCAGGGGGAGAGUAGCUUGAGUCAUCGAUUUACAAAAUGUUGUUUGGCAAUGGGGCAAUUGGAUUUCUUUUUGGGAUAUUCAUCAGCAUUAUCGUUGACUCUACUUCUUAGGCAGAUACAAAAUGCUUUCAGUUUCGAGAAAGUACAAACUUCUACUCCAACAUUUGAGGCUCCAUUAGUGAAAGUCUGGGAUUGUGAUUCAUGUAUUGCUGAAAUGGAAAAGGAACUGCAUAAAGUAAUACCAGAAAAGCUUAUUGAAGUUGGAGUAUAUGUAGUUGGUCCUCGAAUCCGAGUAUCACUGAGAAAGGAUAGUUUGCAUAAAGCAGUUGAUGAUAUUCACCUUUCUUUUGAUUGUAAAAACAUUGAACUCUUGGUGUCACCGAGUCUAUUAAAUGAUUCAGCAACAGAGUGCAUGCAUAUGAUGGAGCUUCAAGUGGUUAACAUGGCUAAUUCCAAUAAUGGAAGCUACCAGUGUCAAGGGCAAAUAAGGCUUGAUGCGUCUUUAAAAAUUCAUGGUAUAAAUGUUUACCUUGAUGACUCAUCUGAAGUCCAACACUCCAAGAUUAUAACAUUAAAGCCAAUAACAGUUCAACUUUCAACACUAAGGAAGGAUAAUUGGUCUCUUGGAAAAAGUGUAAGUGCUUUCUCUGCAGUCCUAAAUGGGAAUGCUUCAGGGCUCUCUGGUCUAAUAUUUGUUGAUGAAAUGUCUGUUUUAGUCGAGGUGGUUAAUAGUUUGAUCUUUGCUCUAUCAAACACAUUGAUCACAAGCAACACAUCUACUUUUAGAAAUUCUAAUUAUUUUGAUACUCAAGAGAUAUUGGAUGUUAGUUCUGGAAAUGAGAUGCUGAUGAGUUCAAUUACUGGAAUGCCCUUGAUCAUUCUGAACACUCUCUAUAUUCUUAAAUGCACAUCUGAAAUCCAGUCAGUGGAUAUAGUCAUUCACAAGUCAAGGAAAGUCAACGCCAUAGAGAAUCAAGUCACAAUCUCCGAAUCCUUUAUGAGCCAGAAUCUGUCUGCAAACUUCUUGCCUGAUAAUGGAAUUCAGAUUACUCUGCAGAAAAAGCAUAUGAUGCUCUCAUACAAAAAAAACCAAGGGAAAAUACAAGGGGUUGUUGAUUUCCUUGGUUUACGAGCUGUUAUUUUCAGAUAUGCAAAUGAUGAUGUCAUGAAUAGAGCAAUUGGUAGUUCUACUUCUAUUUCAAAUACUUGUUUCAAAGCAGAAGUUUCCUCCACUGAACUUUAUGUGGUAGGAUGCCCUUUAAAGGAUGUAAUAACUGGAAAACAUGAGUCAAGUAAGCUUGAGAUAUCACUUUCUGUUGAGGGUGGCUUUCAGAAAAGCAUCUCUUGCCAUUGUCAGGGUGGCAUUAUCUUCCUUGAAACCACAUCAGCUGUGAUGUUCUCUCAAUGUGGAGAUUCAUACAUACGUCGUGUCAAACAUCUAUUUCCAGUUUCCCAUAUUGCAAAUGUCACUACACUUGAAGCCUCUCCAAUCCAAGAGUCACAAACUGCAGGCAUACCUGAAGAUCUUACCAUGCAUCUCUCUCAGUUUUAUCUUGCCUUAAUUGGUAGAGAUGAAUCUGGAAGACUUGAAGAGCUUCUGUUUAGUGCUGACAUGGGUUUGGACCUUAAAGUUGUGAAUAUGAAGAAAAAGUUAUCAUUUCGUCUUCCUCAAUUGUCAAUUCUUUCUCGAGUUCUUCAAGACUCUAUCAAACAUCAAAACAGUAGAGUUCAGAUUCCUCUUAGGUCUUCUAGCACAGAUCCAUCUAUCAUUCAAGCAGCAUUACUUCCAACAAAUGAUAUUCAUUCUGUAGCAAAUGAUGCAAGCAGCUCCACUUCUGAUUCGCGUAUAGAACUAUCCAGUGAAGAUUCUCAUCAAGAUUCUGAAAACUACAUUUUGAGACAGUUAUCUUGUUUCAUAGCAGCUGAAGAGCCUGUAGCAAGGGACUCUUCUGAUACAUCAAAAUCAACUCAACCUUGGGUUGGCAGUGGUUCUAUUUCAGGUUUUGAUGUGACAAUAUCAUUGUCUGAGAUUCAGAUGUUGCUUUCAGUUGCUGAGAUUUCUGGGGUCUCCACAAAAGAAACAACUUCCACAGUGCAACAAAGGCAAUUGCAUAACGAAGAGGAACCCAUGAGAAACCUGGAGGAGAUGAUCCAAGAUGGCAGUAUCAUUGCAAUCCAAGAUGUCCAUCAGCAUAUGUAUAUUGUGGCAGAAGGUGAAGAUAGAAAUUAUCGUUUGUCUGGUUCAAUGCAUUAUUCACUUGCACCACAGAUGGCUCUUUUCAAGGUGAAGUAUCAUUACCAAAAAAUAUGGAAGUCAUCAUACCAAUGGUUUUCAUUGACCUCAUUGUAUGCCAAAGAUGAAUCAGGGGAACACCUGCAAUUAAACUGUAAUCCCAGAUCAAAUUUUGUUGAGCUUUCCAGCUCAAGUAACAGUGGAACAUCACUUUGGAGAUCAAUGCCUUGCAAAUCUGCAAGUUUUGAAGAUGAUAGUGAGCUGGAGUCCUACAACAAUUCAGAAAAAAACCUAUUUUACUUGAUCAACAAGAAGAACAAUUGUUCUAUAGCUUUUGUUGAAGGGGUUCUAGAGUUUGUAAGCAUACCUGGAAAUCCAUUCAAGUUUAAAGUAUUUCAGGAUCUUUCCCUUGCCCAUGAUCCAUUAUUGCUGGAUGAAGGAAACUCAGUUUCACCCUUUAUUGAUAUCAAGAUUGACAAAAUUUCUGUGACAAUAUAUCAUGAGCUUUCAGAUACAAUCGAAAGGGUCCCACUUCUCCAGAUGUCUAUGGUUGUUCCUGAAUUUAUAAUACAGAAAUCACAUGCUAAAACCAGGGUGAUAACCAAACUUGUAACUGAGCUAUACUCGUUUGAUGCAAAGAGGAACUUAUGGAACACGUUUCUGCAUCCAGUUGAAAUAAACAUUUUCUGGAGAUCUAGGGUUCAAACCCAUGGUGUUUAUGGAGUGCCUGUUCAUUUCUAUGCUAGAAUUAAAGAGUUUCGUGUAUCAAUAAUUGAGCUUUCACUGGACAUACUUCUGUUUGUGAUUGGAAAACUGGAUUUGGCUGGUCCUUAUGCAAUUCAAAGCUCUGUGAUUCUGGGAAAUUCCUGCAAGGUUGAGAAUCAAUCAGACCUAGUCCUCCUUUGUCAGUUUUCAGAUAAACAGUAUGCUAGAAUAGCCAGAAAACAGUCCACAACUGUUUUCUUAAGAAACUUGGCUUUAGACCAGCAUCCAGACUCAGAAGCAUCAAGUGUCUCAAUCCAACUUGCAGAGAGAGGAGACUUUUUGACAUUUCCAAUUAAGUUUUCACUCUUAAAAUCUGGAACAUUUGCUUGGAGAACACGCAUUGUCUCUAAAAAUGAUUCAAAAGCAUUUCCUGGGCCAUUCAUUAUUGUAGACAUUUCAUGGAAAUCUGAGGAUGGUUUAUCGAUUGUUGUCUCUCCCAUAUUAAAAAUCCACAAUCAAACUAACUUCCCAAUCGAGCUCCGAUUUCAAAGGCCUCAACAAGAGGAAACCCACCAUGCUUCCUUAGUAGUUAAAGCAGGGGACACCAUUGAUGAUUCCACAGCAGCUUUUGAUGCCAUAAAAGCUUCUGGUGGAUCAAAGAAAGCAUUAAGAUCUAUGAGUGUUGGUAAUUUCAUAUUCUCUUUCAGACCUAAAGUUUCAGAAGACUCUCCAAGUUUCAACAAAAUGGAAUGGUCUGAUGAACUUAAAGGAGGAAAAGCUGCACGUCUCUCUGGAUUAUUUGAUAAAAUAAGUUACCAUGUACGCAAUGCUUUUCCACUCGAAUCAGAAAAAUCUUCCUUCAGUACAGCUCGUGUUCCUUCAGAAUCAAAAACAGGGGAAAUCGAUGACUUACACUUUUUAAUUCAAAGCAUCAAAAAAGAUGUUCCUAUUUUACAACCUGAUGGAUCAAAAGCUUCAGCAGUUGCACUAGUGGAACAAAAGGAAAUCUUUAUUCUUCCAACUGUUGAGAUUUCUAACCUAUUGCAGUUAGAGAUACAUGUGGUUUUAACUGAUAAAGAUCGCUAUUUGCCCCAAGAGAGUGAAAACAUGAGCAAACAGGCAACUAUUCCUUGUGGUUCAAGUGUGACUUUAUAUGCUAACCCUGAGGCAAUGUUCUUUAAUGUUACCUUAACUGCAUUUGGAUUAACUUGCAAAUCUGUAAAUUGUGGUGAUUGGGCUAAAAAGUUACUGAAGAAGAAAAAAGGUAAUCAAAACUUGGACAUGGAGUUAAACUUUGGUGAUGGAAGGUAUUUUGGUCUUUUAAGUUUGUCAUGUGGACAUAGGGGCAUACUGGAGGCUGCCAUAUAUACACCAUAUACACUCAAGAACAACACUGAUUUUGGUUUAUUUUGUCUUGCUCCAAAUCAGAAUCCCUUAUCUAGAAAUGAAGUUGAGGAACUUUCUUCUCAAGGAUAUUCAAAGCUAGGAGCUUUUCUGCCUCCUAAGUCAACAAAAUCAUGGUUCUUAAGAACAAACAAGGUGUCCCUGAAAUUAAUGGAUGACAAAGCAAAUGAAGCUCUGCUAGAUUUAGAUGCAGUCUCAGGUGUUACAGAGAUAAAUCUAGAAAUGGAAGAAAAACCAGGACUCAUAUAUAUUACAAAAUUGGGUGUUUCAUUACAUUCAUCAAUUAACACACAAACUCCAUCACAAGUAGUAUCUUUGACUCCAAGAUAUGUAUUACUAAAUGAAUCAGAUGAAGUGAUCACUAUUCGUCAGUGUAACCUAGAGGAUGACGUGGAGUGUACGACAACUGUCAGUAGUAAACAGAGAAAAGCUUUACGACUUUGCAACAAAACAAACAAAAAGAGGGAAACUAGCAUUUUUGAGAAUUUCAUCAGAAAGCAUAGAAAUGGUGAAGAUGAUUCAUUGCUGUUUAUUCAGUUUUCUCCAAAUGAAGCUGGAUUAGGUUGGUCAGGGCCAAUAUGUGUUGCUUCAAUGGGGAGAUUUUUUCUAAAAUUUCCAAGAUCUAUAAAAGAAAAAGAAAACCAAGAAAAUACACAAGAGUUUGCUGUUGUGAUUGUUUCUGAAGAGAAUUCGUCUCUUGUUUUACGCUUCCACAGACCACCUCAUAUGAAUUUGCCUUAUAGGGUUGAGAAUUGUUUGCGUGAUGCAUCAAUAACUUACUAUCAAAAGGGUUCAACAGAACUAGAAACUUUGGGAUCUGGAAAGCAAGUUAAUUAUGUAUGGGAUGAUUUAUCUCUUCCUCAUAAGCUAGUCAUCCAAAUAAGUGAUUUGCAUCUGCUACGUGAAAUUAGCCUGGACAAGGUGCGUGAAUGGAAACCGUUGUAUAAAGUCAGUCAACGUAGAGCAUUAGGGUUAAAUUUCCCUUUGGAUAAGAAGAAGACAGGAGAAAAGGGUAAAAUGUCAAAAUUGAGUCACGUAAAUGAGAUGGAUAUGGUGAAUUUGGGGUAUGAAGUUUAUGCACAUGGCCUCACUAGAGUUCUUAGAAUUUGUGAACGUAAUGACAGCAGAAAACUAAAUAGACAAUUCUACCCUGGUGCUAAAAUUACAUUAAGAGUCUCUAGAUUUUCUAUCCACUUCAGUGAACGUGCAAAACAGGAAGAAGAGUCAGAUGAGUCACUUGUCUACACACCAAUCAUUGUUAUGCGGCUUAAUAACAUCAGUCUGGAUUCCAUGCUUACUGAUCAACAAAGACUGAAUCAACUUAGGGUUCAGUCUGUGAGUGUGGAUCAAAAGUGGGUAGGAGCUCCUUUUGCUGCUAUGCUUCGAAGACAUCAAACUGGAUUCUCAGAUACAUAUGACAACAUGCUUCGUGUAGUUCUCAUUUUGCUUCCAUCAAGCUCUAAUAUCAGACAAAUAAAAUACUUAUCCAUUGUUCUUCAGCCAUUUGAUUUGAACUUGGAUGAGGAAACCCUGAUGAAAAUUGUCCCUUUCUAUAGAACAUCACUCAGUGAUCCAAAUACUCCUAGUCAGCAGUAUUACUUUGAUCAUUUUGAGAUACAUCCAGUAAAGAUCAUAGCAAGCUUUCUCCCAGGAGAUUCGUAUUCUAGCUAUAAUUCAACACAGGAGACAAUGAGAUCUUUGUUGCACAGUGUGAUAAAGGUUCCUGAAAUAAAAAACAAGACUGUAGAACUGAAUGGUGUCCUGGUUACUCAUGCAUUGAUUACUAUACGUGAACUUUCUGUCAAGUGUGCACAACAUUAUUCAUGGUAUGCCAUGCGUGCAAUCUAUAUAGCAAAAGGAAGCCCAUUGCUUCCUCCAGCUUUUGCUUCAAUUUUUGAUGACUUGGCUUCUUCAUCCCUUGAUGUCUUUUUUGAUCCUUCAACUGCUUUGAUCAAGCUUCCUGGUCUCACCUUAGGCACAUUCAAGCUACUGAGUAAAUACAUUGAUGGUAAAGGCUUAUCUGGCACCAAACGUUAUUUAGGUGAUCUAGGAAAAACUGUUAAAACGGCUGGAUCAAAUAUACUGUUUGUUGCUGUGACUGAGAUAUCAGAUUCAGUGCUGAGGGGAGCGGAAACCAGUGGUUUUGAUGGAAUGUUUGGUGGGUUUCAACAAGGAGUACUGAAACUGGCAAUGGAGCCUUCCGUAUUGGGUAGUGCUUUUACAGAAGGUGGCCCAGAUAGAAAAAUUAAGCUUGAUCGUAAUCCCGGUAUUGAUGAGUUAUAUAUAGAAGGAUAUUUGCAAGCUAUGCUGGAUACAUUGUAUAAACACGAAUAUCUCAAAGUCAGAGUCAUCGAUGAGCAGGUUGUUCUAAAGAAUCUACCCCCAAACAGUGUUCUGAUAGAUGAAAUUAUGGAUCAUGUGAAGGGUUUCCUCAUCAGCAAGGCAUUGUUGAAAGGAGACUCUUCUUUCUCUCAUCCCUUACAUCACCUUCGUGGACAAAAUGAAUGGAGAAUCGGUCCAACGAUUUUGACUUUGUGCGAGCAUCUGUUUGUGAAUUUUGCAAUCGGGUGGCUGAGAGAGCAGGCGGGUGAUCUGACGGCUAAAAUCAAUUGGGGGGACAGGUUUAAGGGGGACCCACCAAAAGAAAUAGUAAAAGAAGAGGAGAGUAGUAAGAUGUCUGUAUUGAAAUGGGGAGUUGGGAGGUUUGUGUUUGCAGGUAUGGUUGCAUAUAUUGAUGGAAGGUUAUGUCGGUGUAUACCUAAUCCUGUUGCAAGGCGUAUUGUUAGUGGUUUCGUCUUAAGUUUUCUAGACAAAACUCGUGAUAAAUGAUUUUUUUUUUUUUUUUUUGAAAUGUAUAUGAAGAA